AAAGCUGGUUAAAUAUAUCAUUUCUUAAUUAGUUCAUCUUUAAAAGUAUUUAUACUUUCUUUCUUUCCAUUUAACUACCCUUCUCCCUCAGAGAAUAGUCUUAUUCUAUAGCUAUUGCAAGCAACUUAAUUUAUGAAUUUUAUGAUUUUUUUAAAAAUUGUUUAAUACCGUGCUCUGCAUAUAUGUUCCAAUAGCACACAAUCAAUUAGCUAAUAACGUGCAUGUGCAAAUGAACUGACAUAGUUUAUUCAAAGAUCAGCAAAAUGUAAAAAAUAUACCAAACAACAAGCUCAAAUUAGUAAGAUAAAAUAGAAGAGAUUUCUACACUAAAAAUGCAACUUACAUUAUAAUAGUGAGUUGGUUACCAGUGCAAAUGUAUAUCUAAAAUAUAAUCUAGGAGGCAAGUAAAUAGCCAAUAUGUAUUAAACUUGAAGUGGUUAAAACAAAACUUUUUAUGUGACCAGUUAUGCCUUAUUUUUAUUGUGGCAACAUAGAAUUUGGCUUCAGUGCAAGUUUUAACGUGCUCUGAAUCUGCUAGAAGAUUCACAUAAAAAUUGCCUAGCCUUUCUGAGAAUUUCCAUAUUAGCAGCAAAAUAUAAGCAUAUAGCAUCCCUGUAGAAUUUACAAUAUAAUAAAGUGAGAAAUGAAUUCAAUCACAUGGGCAUGUUUGGUUAAUGGGGUUUCACGGUAUUUGGUAAGAUGUGUUUGGCUUUAAAAUAUGCUAUCUUCCAUUUAGGGAAAGUUAGAUUUCAUAAAUAUCUUGCUAUAUCCCAAGAGUUCUUUUUAUUCAAUUUCUGCCAUGUUGUGGCAGCCUAUUAACUUCAGUUUGAAACUUCAUAUCUUUUUCUUUUUUGCGAGUUGCUUGGUUUGAUCAUACUGUAAAUAAAUUAGGAAUGGUACAAAAAAAUCCAUAUAAUGUCAGCUUCUGCUCUACAGUCUGUUUCCAAGGGAAGAGGAAAACUUAAUAUUAGAAAAGCCUGGCUGGACAAAAUUGGAUAUUCAGCCAGAGGUUUGGAUUAAUCUCAAAAAAUUUCUGCACACUGAUUCAUGUUGAAUAACCAUAUCCUGCAACUACAUCAAUGAUAGUUGAUAAUCUUAUCAGAAGCAAUAGGUACCAAUGCAAUGUAGGGGAAGUCAAAGUAAUUUCUUUAUAUAUAAUAUACAUAUAGCACAGACAAAAGCAGUUAUAUCAUCUAUCCCGAUACUGCCCACUUCAAAUGACAUCAGCUUUUCCUUGUUUCAGGCAAAGAAUAGUUCUCAUUAUCAUCCAGCAGAUGUUUAAACUAAAACUGAACUAAGGAGGCAUUGUACUGAAAAUAUGCUUCCUACUUCAGAUAUCAGUUCUAAGCUAGAGCAAAUGUUAGAAAACAUUUUUUUUUAAAUCCCAUCAUAUUCCAUGUCCAUCCUGCCUUAUGAAUAACUUUAGAAUAAGAAUCUAUUCAAGUUUUCAAAGGAUAAAUAGGAUUGAACAAGAAAAGCUGAUCGUUGCAAAAUUGUUACCUUUCCCAAACUUGUUUCCCAAACAAUUCCCAAACUUUUUCUUCUAGGUAAGCACAACUUAGCAAAAAAAAAAAAAAAAAGAUCUCCUUCACUCGUUGUUCAUAAGAUUUCCAGAUACAAAUUGGCUAUUCUGUUGCAAAUAAAAGGAUGCAAAGCUGCUGAGGUAGGCGGAAGCACUUUAAACAUUCAAGUCGCUGUGUUAGUAAUUCCACUACAGGAUAUUCUAUCACUGUUUUGUCUUUCUAUAACACAAAAGUAAACUAGCUCGAAAAACUUUACAAUAUGUUUAAUACACAACGUUUGCAUUUGAAGACAGACAUAAUAUUCCACAGUUUAAUCAAUCUGUUAAUACUAACCCACACGCUCUUCUGCACACACAUACUUGAGAAUAAAGAUUCAAAACAUUAAAACUGAAUGCAAGGAUUAUUACAGGCAUCGGUGUACAGUCCGCCAGACAUAAAAACUACAAACCAGCUCCGUAGCCGUUCCUCAAAGGAAGUACUUGGUCACAAAAACCCAAUUUCCCCCUCAGCUUCGCUAUAUUCAUUUUACAGCCCAAAUCAAUGAGGAAAAAUCCCAGCUUGGUCGAGUCGAGUCGGUUCCGAGUCCCAGCCGCCGGUAAAUUCUUUCCCAUCGUGGGGCGAAUAGGGGCCAAGAAAUUGAAGCUCCAACCGCUUUCUCAGUCGCCGGACAGAAGAAGCCGGCCUAGGCGACGGAGUCUUCAGAGAAAUCAAAUAUGGCGGGAGAAGGCGGGAGGCGAGCGGGAAGGCCUCCAAUCCCUUCCUCCGUCCCUUCUCUCCGAAGAGGAAUCCCAGGCCCCGCCCUCCCCGCACCUGUUGCGCGCGGCCACCAGCCAGUCCCUGCUCCCCUUUUCUACCUUGCGCGACUGGCAGCGCCGCUAUUUGCUCGCUCCCUCCCCCCCCCUUGCGGCUGCGCCCUCUUUUCCCGGCCUUGAAGCAACAGCAGCUGUAGCAACCUCGACGCCGCUGCCGCUUCCUCCUCUGUAAACCACUCGGCUCCGGCCUUGACGUCGUUUCCUUCCAACAUGGCGAGGACGGGAGGCUGCUGCUUUGGCCGCCGCUGCCGCCGCCGCUGCUGCUGCUGCCGCUCUCGCUUCUGCCGCUGCUUCUAAUGGAGGCUGAGGCAAACGGGCAGCGCUGCGUUCUUGGGAGAGCCGAUUCGUCCCUCCUCCUCCUCAGCGUCGAGCAGGGGCUGCGGUAGCCGCCUGGGUCAGAGCCGGUUUCGGUUCCUCCGAGGAGGGGAGAGAAGACCCUUUCCCCGGGAAGUCUUUUCGGGUCUCAGCCCGCGCAGCCCUGAGAAUCACCUCCGCUCAUCCUCCCCUUUCCCCUCACUUUCAGCGCGCCCUCAUGUAUGAGGGGAAGAAGACGAAGAAUAUGUUCCUGACACGGGCUUUGGAGAAGAUCCUGGCCGACAAGGAGGUGAAGAAGGCGCAUCAUUCCCAGCUGCGCAAAGCUUGCGAGGUGGCUUUAGAGGAAAUAAAAACAGAAACUGGAAAACAAAGUCCACCUCAUGGAGAAGCAAAACCUGGCUCAAGCACUCUUCCACCAGUGAAAUCAAAGACUAGCUUUAUUGAAGCAGACAAAUACUUCUUACCAUUUGAAUUGGCAUGUCAAUCCAAGUGUCCCAGAAUUGUUAAUACAUCGUUAGAUUGUUUGCAGAAACUUAUAGCCUAUGGGCAUUUGACUGGUAAUGCUCCAGAUAGCACUGCUCCUGGGAAAAAGUUGAUUGAUAGAAUUAUUGAAACAAUAUGUGGCUGCUUUCAAGGUCCACAGACAGAUGAAGGUGUUCAACUACAAAUUAUAAAGGCUCUAUUAACAGCAGUAACAUCUCAACACAUAGAGAUACAUGAAGGGACCGUGUUGCAAGCUGUGAGAACAUGCUACAAUAUUUAUCUUGCAAGCAAGAAUCUCAUAAAUCAAACCACAGCCAAGGCCACUCUCACACAAAUGUUGAAUGUAAUAUUUGCACGCAUGGAAAACCAAGCGCUUCAAGAAGCCAAGCAAAUGGAGAAAGAGAGACAUCGACAACAGUAUCACCUGCAGCAAUCUCCUUUAAGCCAUCAUGAGCCUGAAUCACCUCAAUUAAGGCAUCUUUCCGAGGAGACUGUUGAUCAAUUAUCCCAAGAUCAUGAAAGGGAUUUGGAGCAUCAUACAAAUGAUGUGGACAAAAACCUUCAAGAAGAUACAGAAGGAGAAAAUGGAUCUGAUAUUUCUAGUGCAGAAAAUGAACAAACAGAAGCUGAUCAAGCAACAACAGCAGAAACUCUAACUAAAAAUGAUGCAGGGUCAUAUGAUGGAGAAAGUAAUCAAUGUGAAGAAACAGCUCAGGAUGUUGUACAGAGUAUAGUCCAGGAAAUGGUCAACAUAGUAGUAAGAGAUAUAGGUGAGAGAUUUACUGAAAAGAUUGUGGUUGAUGGACCAAUAGGUACUUUAGAGGAUGGUAGUGAUAGUGAAAAUAUCCAGGCAAAUGGAAUUCCUGGGACACCUAUUUCUGUUGUGUAUACACCAUCAUUACCUGAUGACAGGUUAUCUGUCUCUUCCAAUGAUACUCAGGAAUCUGGAAAUUCUUCAGGACCUACACCUGGUGCUAAAUUUUCCCAUAUUUUACAAAAGGAUGCCUUUCUAGUAUUCAGGUCACUGUGUAAACUGUCUAUGAAGCCUUUGUCAGAUGGACCCCCUGAUCCAAAGUCGCAUGAAUUGCGGUCAAAAAUCCUUUCAUUGCAGUUGCUGCUAUCUAUUUUGCAAAACGCAGGACCUGUUUUUAGGACAAAUGAAAUGUUUAUUAAUGCUAUUAAGCAGUACCUUUGUGUAGCAUUGUCUAAAAAUGGAGUUUCAUCUGUUCCAGAAGUAUUUGAACUUUCCCUUUCUAUAUUCCUGACUUUACUUUCAAAUUUUAAGACACAUUUGAAGAUGCAAAUUGAGGUUUUCUUCAAAGAGAUUUUUCUAUAUAUUUUAGAAACUUCCACUAGCUCCUUCGAUCAUAAAUGGAUGGUUAUUCAAACAUUGACGCGGAUAUGCGCAGAUGCCCAGAGUGUAGUAGACAUUUAUGUAAAUUAUGACUGUGAUUUAAAUGCUGCAAAUAUUUUUGAAAGACUAGUUAAUGAUCUGUCUAAGAUUGCUCAAGGAAGAGGUAGCCAAGAACUUGGCAUGACUAGCAUUCAGGAGCUAAGUUUGAGAAAGAAGGGUCUUGAAUGCUUAGUAUCAAUACUGAAGUGCAUGGUGGAAUGGAGUAAGGAUCAAUAUGUAAAUCCCAACUCUCAAACAACCUUAGGACAGGAAAAACCCACUGAGCAAGAAAGUACUGAAACCAAACAUCCUGAGACAAUUAACAGAUAUGGAAGCUUGAAUUCCCUAGAUUCCACAGCCUCCUCUGGAAUUGGUAGCUAUAGCACCCAGAUGUCUGGUACAGACAAUCCAGAGCAAUUUGAGGUUCUAAAGCAACAGAAAGAAAUAAUAGAACAAGGAAUAGAUCUAUUUAAUAAGAAGCCAAAGAGAGGAAUUCAGUAUCUACAAGAACAAGGAAUGCUUGGUAUUACUUCUGAAGAUAUUGCCCAGUUCUUGCAUCAAGAAGAAAGAUUAGACUCUACUCAAGUUGGAGAGUUUCUAGGAGACAAUGAUAAAUUUAACAAGGAAGUUAUGUAUGCAUAUGUGGAUCAGCAUGACUUUUCUGUGAAGGAUUUUGUUUCUGCUCUGCGUAUGUUUUUGGAAGGCUUCCGUCUUCCAGGAGAGGCUCAGAAAAUAGAUAGAUUAAUGGAAAAAUUUGCUGCUAGAUACUUGGAAUGUAAUCAAGGGCAAACUCUGUUCGCUAGUGCAGACACUGCAUAUGUCUUGGCUUAUUCAAUUAUUAUGUUGACAACAGAUCUCCAUAGCCCACAGGUAAAGAAUAAAAUGACCAAAGAACAAUACAUUAAGAUGAACAGAGGUAUCAAUGAUAGUAAGGAUCUCCCUGAAGAAUAUCUGUCAGCUAUUUAUAAUGAAAUAGCAGGAAAGAAGAUCUCAAUGAAGGAAACAAAAGAACUAACAAUACCCACAAAAACAAGUAAACAAAAUGUACCUAGUGAAAAGCAGAGAAGAUUACUUUAUAAUUUAGAAAUGGAGCAAAUGGCUAAAACAGCUAAAGCAUUGAUGGAAGCAGUAAGCCAUGUUCAAGCUCCUUUUACAAGCGCAACACACUUGGAACAUGUAAGACCCAUGUUCAAGUUAGCCUGGACACCAUUCCUAGCUGCGUUCAGUGUGGGUUUGCAAGAUUGUGAUGACACAGAAGUUGCCUCUCUUUGCCUGGAAGGAAUUCGAUGUGCAAUCAGGAUAGCAUGCAUUUUCAGUAUCCAGCUUGAGAGGGAUGCUUAUGUCCAAGCACUAGCAAGAUUUACUUUACUUACUGUGAGUUCUGGUAUUACUGAAAUGAAGCAGAAGAAUAUUGACACAAUAAAAACACUAAUUACUGUGGCUCACACUGAUGGAAAUUACUUGGGAAAUUCUUGGCAUGAGAUUUUGAAAUGCAUCAGUCAGCUUGAAUUAGCACAAUUAAUAGGUACUGGAGUAAAACCACGUUACAUAUCUGGGACUGUGAGAGGCCGAGAAGGUUCAUUUACAGGAACAAAAGAUCAGGCUCCUGAUGAAUUUGCAAGCCUAGGACUUGUUGGAGGAAAUAUGGACUGGAAGCAGAUUGCAAGUAUUCAAGAAUCUAUUGGAGAAACUAGUUCACAAAGUGUUGUUGUUGCUGUAGACAGAAUAUUUACAGGAUCUACCAGACUAGAUGGAAAUGCUAUUGUGGAUUUUGUCAGAUGGCUUUGUGCUGUUUCUAUGGAUGAAUUGUUGUCGGCAACCCAUCCCCGGAUGUUCAGUUUACAAAAAAUAGUAGAGAUUUCUUACUAUAACAUGGGACGAAUAAGGCUACAGUGGUCUAGAAUAUGGGAAGUUAUUGGAGAUCAUUUCAAUAAGGUUGGCUGUAAUCUCAAUGAAGAUGUAGCUAUUUUUGCCGUUGAUUCCUUAAGGCAAUUAUCAAUGAAGUUCUUAGAAAAAGGGGAACUUGCUAAUUUCCGAUUCCAAAAGGAUUUCUUAAGACCAUUUGAACACAUCAUGAAGAGAAAUAGAUCACCAACCAUUCGUGACAUGGUUGUCCGUUGCAUAGCCCAGAUGGUCAAUUCCCAAGCAGCAAAUAUACGAUCAGGCUGGAAGAACAUUUUCUCAGUUUUUCAUUUGGCUGCAUCUGAUCAGGACGAAAGUAUAGUGGAACUGGCAUUUCAGACUACCGGCCACAUUGUCACAAUUGUGUUUGAAAAACAUUUCCCAGCAACCAUAGAUUCCUUCCAGGAUGCAGUGAAAUGCUUGUCUGAAUUUGCAUGUAAUGCAGCUUUUCCUGAUACUAGUAUGGAAGCUAUUCGCCUUAUUCGUCAUUGUGCAAAAUAUGUAUCCGAAAGACCUCAGGCUUUCAGAGAAUAUACUAGUGAUGACAUGAAUGUCGCUCCAGAAGACAGGGUGUGGGUGAGAGGCUGGUUUCCAAUUCUCUUUGAGCUGUCCUGUAUUAUCAAUAGAUGCAAAUUAGAUGUAAGAACCAGAGGUUUAACAGUUAUGUUUGAAAUAAUGAAAACAUACGGUCACACAUAUGAAAAGCAUUGGUGGCAGGAUUUGUUUCGGAUAGUCUUCCGAAUAUUUGACAAUAUGAAGUUACCAGAACAGCAAACAGAGAAAGCGGAGUGGAUGACAACAACUUGCAAUCAUGCACUUUAUGCAAUUUGUGAUGUAUUCACACAGUAUUUAGAAGUACUUAGUGAUGUUCUUUUGGAUGAUAUAUUUGCUCAGCUGUACUGGUGUGUUCAGCAAGACAAUGAGCAACUAGCACGGUCUGGUACAAACUGUUUAGAGAAUGUUGUCAUUCUGAAUGGGGAAAAGUUUACCCUUGAAAUCUGGGAUAAGACUUGCAACUGUAUGUUGGAUAUCUUCAAAACCACUAUUCCCCAUGCGCUUUUAACUUGGCGACCAGUGGGAGGAGAUACUGUUCCUCUAUCUCCAUCUUCUGGAAGAGAGAAACAGCUGGAUGCCAUAUCACAAAAAUCUGUAGAUAUUCAUGAUUCUGUGCAACCAAAACCGUUAGAUAGACGCCAGUUUCAACCUAUUGUAGGGUUGCCUGCAAAUGAGGAGGUCAGCAAAAACAAACCUAUAGCAAAAUUUCCAGAUCAGAAACUGUUUGGUGCGCUGUUAAUCAAAUGUGUGGUACAGCUGGAACUUAUUCAAACAAUAGACAACAUUGUAUUUUUCCCAGCAACUAGCAAAAAAGAAGAUGCAGAGAAUCUAGCUGCAGCACAGAGGGAUGCAGUAGACUUUAAUGUUCAUGUGGACACACAAGAUCAAGGAAUGUAUCGUUUUUUAACAUCACAGCAGCUUUUCAAACUCCUGGAUUGUUUAUUAGAAUCUCAUAAAUUUGCUAAGGCUUUCAACUCAAAUAAUGAGCAAAGAACUGCACUUUGGAAAGCAGGUUUCAAAGGGAAAUCGAAGCCUAAUCUUUUAAAACAGGAGACUAGCAGUCUUGCCUGUGGGUUACGUAUACUAUUCCGCAUGUACAUGGAUGAGAGUCGCAAAGAUGCCUGGGAAGAAGUGCAACAACGAUUACUAAAUGUCUGCAGGGAAGCUCUCAGCUACUUCCUCACUUUGACCUCAGAGAGUCACCGGGAAGCUUGGACAAGCCUGUUACUUUUAUUCUUAACAAAGGUUCUGAAGAUAAGUGAUGAUCGGUUCAAAGCUCAUGCAUCUUUCUACUAUCCACUUUUGUGUGAAAUAAUGCAAUUUGAUCUGAUUCCUGAACUCCGGGCUGUUUUGAGAAGAUUUUUUCUACGAAUUGGAGUUGUUUUCCAAAUAUCUCAGCCAGCAGAUCAAGAGGAAGAUGUAGCCAAGCAGUAGAAGUAUAACUAAGGAAACUAAGAACCAAAUCAACUUGCACUGGAUGUUCGUGAUGGUCUCUAUAUGGCAGUGUGGGCAUCUAUAGGUUCACAGUAUAGAGUAAAGCUGUAACUUAGGCUUGCAAAACUUUUAAUUCUCCAGUGGAUUUUUCUUCCUCCCUUUCCUGGCUUGUGCUGAGCAUUGAGCCAGUUUUAAACAGUCUUAUUGUCAGCUUGGACUGUGAUGUCCUCUUAUUCAGACAUGCAUACAUAUUAUGUGUAUGUGUAUGCGUGUGUAUAUUUAUGAUGGCUGUGAACUUAAGAUAUGUACCCAAAGAACUAACACUUUAAAAGUUUGAACUUCCAUAGAGUUCAACUCAGGAGAACUGUAUUUGAAAGAAUGGUUUGUACUGAGAGCACAGGAAAACACUAGUUAAGAGAUCUAGCAAUUUUAUGGAAUUCUUAUUCUGAAAAAAAAUCUGCACACUCAAGCUGAGAUAUAGGUAAUCAUUCUUCAGUGAAAAAACUGAAAAGAGUGCAGGUCUGUAAUAUAAAAUUACAAACACUAUAUAGUUCUUCCUGCAUUCUUUUAUGAUUUCAUAGAAACCCAUACAUUUGUUUACCAAAUGCACUAGUCUGAGUUUAUGUUGUGAUUGAUUUGAUCUGUAUCCUAAAAGUUAGUCCUGCUAACUUUAAUGAAGGGCAGAGAUUGAAAAAGUCACAACUGGCUUAACUGUUUGUAAUAUACCUGUGAUAGGGCUUUUAAAUAUAAUAAGCCAUUGCAACGAUCCUUCUGGGCUGGAACUUGAAUCACUGCAAAUGAGUCUAGGUUUUAUCUUAUGUCACCUUUCGGGGGGGGGGGGGGUUGCUUGAUGUAGAUUUCACUCUGUGUACAGAAUGUAAUGUUAAAUAUAUUCAAGUAACAAUCUGGCAUGGUUUAGGGAUGGUUUUAAAUUUAUUGGAAAUGUAUUCAUACUGUGAAUUGUGCUCUGAUGGUUAAAGAAAAGAUUGUCAAGCAUUCUGUCUUACAGUGGAUGUAGAAAAUUUUUUCAGAUGGAAAAAUGUAUAUGGUACAGCUCUGUAAAGUUUUCUAUGUAAAUUCUGUACAACUUUCUGUACAAUAUUGGUUCUCAUCUGGCAUAUUCUAAUCAGGUUAUAAGUCAAUAAAGUUUUUGAAUUCUUUCAUCGGUGCAAUGAAAACCAAUGCAAUGUAAAACUACUUGUUUUAAUGUUUCAAGAAACUUAAAAGUUUAACAAUGAUGGUUAACAGUGCUGAAGCAAACUGCUUUCAGCAUGUUUGCAAGUCAUUAAAGAAUUUAACUUAAGUAUCAUUCCUUCUAUUUUUCAGUUCAAAAUCAUCUUAUUUUGGAAAAUCUGUAGCUAAAUCAAGAUCUAGGACAGUAUUCUGUCUCACAUACAGAACGGCAGAACUGAAGGCUGCCUCGAACUGACCCCCAUGCAAAAAUCUCUCCAAUAGCCAGACAAAAAAACAAGACAGGGCCGAUACGGCAAAUGUCGGAUAGUUGAUCAAGGGUAGUAGCUUCAUCAUCCAAUAAGUGGCUUGAGCAGAAAAGGCAGGCAGCAGCUUCCCAGCCUGUGAUGAGAACAAGACUGCUGGAUCUUAUAGCUAUAGAGUAGCUGUAAAUCAAGGAUUUCAAAUGAGGCAGAAGGGUAAGCCUACUCUGAGAAAAUACUAUUCCCUUGGGAAAACCAGUGUAGUACAUCUCUCUCCUUUUUGCACUAGGCAAUUGAGGACAGGAGCUAAACUUACAAUGAAGUACCAAAGGUGCUUGUUCAAGAGGCAACUGGCCUUUCUGGUUUUUCUUUGAAGACGUUUCACUUCUCAUCCAAGAAGCUUCUCCAGCUCUGAAGUAUUAUGAAGUACUUUUUGGACCCCAAAUGACUCAAUAAUACCUCCCUAUUUGGAGGAAAAGGGGUUAGUAACCAAUGACGUUGCCAAUGACUGACAUUAUAAAUUACUGUAUUUUGCUAUUAUAGCUUCUCUUCUGUUUCCCUGUAUAUUUGCCUAAAAGCAAUUGUUUUUUGUUACAAUUAAAUGUUCAAUAAAGGAGAACUACAUCCUGGUGAAGGAAAGGAAAAAGUUA